CCUUGACUUUGGUCCCAGAGCUGCCUCGACCAGUUGCCCCCAAAGUUGCUGUCAUCUGGACACAGGAAGCAACCCUCUCAGCAACCAAGCUAUGGCUGGAGAUUCUAGGAAUUCCAUGAAUCAAGACAUGGAGAUUGGGACCACCCCCAGAGACCCCAGGAAGAUUCCUAAACAGGCCCGUGAUUAUGUCCCUAUCACUACUGAUCGGACCCGUCUCCUGGCAGAAGCCAAAAAGCCUCGCCAGCGUUACAUGGAGAAAAGUGGCAAGUGUAACGUACAUCAUGGCAAUGUCCAGGAAACCUAUCGUUACCUGAGUGACCUUUUCACAACGCUGGUGGAUCUGAAGUGGCGCUUCAAUCUUCUGGUCUUCACCAUGGUGUACACCAUUACGUGGUUAUUCUUUGGCUUUAUUUGGUGGCUCAUUGCCUACAUCCGGGGAGACCUGGACCACGUUGGGGACAAAAACUGGGUUCCUUGUGUUGAGAAUCUCAGCGGCUUUGUCUCUGCCUUUCUGUUUUCCAUUGAGACAGAGACUACCAUUGGAUAUGGCUUCCGGGUCAUCACAGAGAAGUGUCCAGAGGGGAUCAUCCUUCUAUUGGUCCAAGCCAUCCUAGGUUCCAUAGUCAAUGCCUUCAUGGUGGGCUGCAUGUUUGUCAAGAUCAGUCAGCCCAAGAAAAGGGCAGAGACUCUCAUGUUUUCUAACAAUGCUGUCAUUUCUAUGAGGGAUGAGAAGCUUUGCCUCAUGUUCCGGGUGGGUGACCUCCGCAAUUCUCACAUCGUAGAGGCCUCCAUCCGAGCCAAGCUCAUCAAGUCCAGGCAGACCAAAGAAGGGGAGUUCAUUCCCCUAAAUCAGACAGAUAUUAAUGUGGGUUUUGACACCGGAGAUGACCGCCUCUUCCUGGUGUCACCACUCAUCAUCUCUCAUGAAAUCAAUGAGAAGAGCCCUUUCUGGGAGAUGUCUCGGGCACAGUUGAAUCAGGAAGAGUUUGAGGUGGUAGUCAUCUUAGAAGGCAUGGUAGAAGCUACAGGCAUGACGUGCCAAGCCCGCAGCUCUUACAUGGACACUGAGGUUCUCUGGGGUCACCGCUUCACUCCGGUCCUCACUCUAGAGAAGGGCUUCUAUGAGGUAGACUACAACACCUUCCAUGAUACCUACGAGACCAACACUCCUACCUGUUGUGCCAAGGAACUGGCCGAAGCCCAGCGAGAAGGGCGGCUCCUUCAGUACCUUUCCAGCCCCACACUGCUAGGGGGCUACGCCAAGGAGGGACUGGGCCAGAAGGUGGAAGAAGGAGAAGAAGAAGCAGAGGGGCUGAGUGGAGCCAGAGAGACUAGUAGCUCUGUGUGAGUCCAGUGCCCCAAGUGGAUGGAACAUACCCUCCCAAUGGCUUUUCUCCAGCCAGAGACCCUAAAUUAACCCAAGGAGGCAAACUAACUGAGAUGGGUUAUUUAAGUGGUCCUGGAAGAGACUCUGAAAAGAUAGAUAUUUUAGCAAACUCUUCCCUUUUCCCGAUGUGAUGCCAUCCUGUGCACAAUGACCCAUAGCCCUGCCUGUAAAGACGAUGCUGUUCCUUACACUGUGGGGUUCAUUGCUCUGUCCCUCCCAUCUUGUCCCACCUGAAUGACAUCUAGGGGACAUGUAGUGGAAGUUGGGCUUUCUGUUUCUUGCAGCUCUCAGCCCCUCAUUUCUCUUCCCACUGACCCGGGCACUUCCCCUGAACUUGGUGUCUGUGCAGCCCCCAUAAAAGGAUGCAGGAGUUGUGGAAGGGCUGAGGGGUAGGGCGUGGGCAGGAGGGGAAGAGGCACCUCUGCCCUGAGGCUCCUUGGACCUUGCAGAAGAUUCCAGAAGGAGAUAUCACCUCUGCUCACUGGAGGAAGCUUACUUCAUUUGGGGACCUCUGCCAGCCAGUGGGGCUGCCAUUGAAGAAAGAAUAUUGUCUGAGAUCACAGCUACUAGUGGUUUGGGUUGGGGUUUAUUUUUCAAAUAUAGCCUAUUUGCUCUGUUAGAAGUUACUCUUAAAACCUUGACCUGUGUCCUAGUAAAAACAGAUGAGGACUGUCA